AUGAGACAUCAAUUCAUAAUCAACUCAGAACAUCACAUUUCACAAUAUUUCAUGGGCAAUGGAAAAUCAAGGCCUCUGAUGACCCAGGACUCAAGACAAAAUAUUAGGAGGAGAAAUAAAAAGCUCACUAAGCAUGACCCAGAGGAUGAGGCGCUGAACUUUGAUGCAGAGAUGGUUUUCUGGAGCUGUUUACUGUCACUCUUUCUCUGGCUCAGAGUGUCACCUACUGCUGUGGAAUGGAGUGCUGAAAUGCCGAAAUCAGUGGUGGGUUUGUCUGGAUCAUGUGUGGUCAUUCCCUGUACUUUCAGCUACCCUGCAAAGGGAAAAACAUACACAGAAUUUACAGGGAUUUGGUACAAAGGAUAUUAUGAAUUUACAGUAUACCAUACAGACACCUCAAAAAUCAGUGACACAUUCAAAGGUCGCAGUAGUCUCACUGGUGAUUUGCGCCAAAACGACUGUUCUUUGAAAAUCAGCUCUCUGAGCAGCAGUGACACUGGACCAUUCAUAUUCCGGAUUGAGAUUAAAGAUCUGGACAAAUUCAGCUUUGGGCAGAAUAAAACUUCUGUAACAGUGAAAGAAACACCAGAGAUUCCUAUCGUCUCUGUGGAAGAGGAAAUGACAUCAGGGAAACCGGUGACUGCUACCUGUGCCGUGUCUCAUUCCUGUCCCUCAGACCUGCCUCGUGUCACCUGGAACCAUGACGGCACACACUCGAGUCUAUCACAGCCGCAAAAUCCCGGUCAAUUGAAGCUUACAUCUUACACCCUGACCUUCACCCCUUCUAGAGAAGACCAUAAUAAACAUCUCAGCUGCUCUGCAGAGUUUGAAGGGAAGACAGUGACAGACUACAGAACACUCAAAGUUAAAUAUCCUCCGUAUGAUGUAAAAGUGGUCUCUAAACCCUCAGUGAAGGAGAAUGACUCUAUUGAACUGACCUGCUCCAGUGACAGCAACCCUCCUGCAAACAGCUACCAUUGGUUCAGCUCAAAUGGGAUGUUGUUAGGAAACAAACAUACUCACAAACUGGAGAGAGUAUCUCGACAUACUGAGGCCAUUUCCUGUACAGCCAUUAACACACUGGGAAAAAACAGUUCUGGUCCACAGAAAAUUAAUGUGCUGUAUCCUCCAUAUAAUGUAAACGUGCUCACUAAACCCUCAGUGAAGGAGAAUGACUCUGUUGAACUGACCUGCUCUAGUAACAGCAACCCUCCUGCAAACAGCUACCAGUGGUUCAGCUCAACUGGAACAACAUUAGCAAAGAGCCCCAUUUACAAACUGGAGAGAGUAUCUCGACAUACUGAGGCCAUUUCUUGUACAGUCAUUAACACAGAGGGAAAAAACAGUUCUGGUUCACAGAAACUUAAUAUACUGUAUCCUCCUGAAAUUAAAAGUGAAUCUUCUUGCCAGACUAUGAUUUUGACAGUCUGUGCCUGUAUUGUGGACUCCAACCCUCCCAGUGAAGUCAAGUGGUUUGGUCCAGAUUCCUCAAAAACCUUCUCCAGCACCAGCAUUAAACAAAAUGAGUCUCUUACCAUAUUCACCCUACAGGGUUGGCCGGGUUUCCCUGAGACUGUCCAGUGCUUUGCCAAUAACAUUCUGGGAAAUUCUUCCAUAAUUUUAGAAGCUCCUCAAAAUGGCAUAAUAAAAUACAUCGUUGGUGCAUCAGCUGUUGUAGUUGUUUUAGUCUGCAUUUUAGUGUAUGUUGUGAGAAAACGCUGUCUGCCCCCCUCCCUGGAUCCCUUCCAGUUUGCAUAUCGGUCCAACUGCUCGACAGAUGACGCCAUCGCCACUACCCUCCACUCAGCACUCACACAUCUGGACAAAAAAGACUCAUAUGUCAGAAUGCUGUUCAUAGACUUCAGUUCAGCAUUCAACACAAUCAUCCCUCAACAGCUCAUUCACAAACUGGUCCAGCUGGGGCUCAACACUUCGCUGUGCAACUGGCUGUUGGACUUCCUGACUGGAAGACCUCAGGCAGUACGGGUCGGCAGUAACACAUCCAGCACCAUCACACUGAACACUGGGGCCCCCUAA